AUGGAUAUGGUUUCAUUGAUCGAUGAGUUCAAGGUGUUGAAGAAGCAAGCACUUGAUAGUCUGAUAGAGGAUAGGAAGUUCUUGGAGGCAGAUGAGAAGGAGAGGAAAAGUGUGCUGAAACCUAAAGUUUACUCCAUAAAUAUGGACGAUGACGGUGAUGGGGAUGCUGGUGACGACUUGCUAACAAACAACUCGGAGAGAGCUCUACUCACGUACACAAUUCGGGAUUACGAAGAAUGGGAAGAAUCAUUGAAAAGAAAGCAUAAGAAUGUCACGAAUACCAGUACAUCUUCUAGUUCGCAGCAACAAACAGCUAAAUUCACAUAUGAUAAAGAAAUUCACAGGAUGAAGAAACGUCAAGGUAAAUUUGCAACAGAUGAAGAAAUCACUAGAGGAAGCGCAAUGAAAGAAGUCCUGGACGAUGGCAAACUAUUAAUAAAGGAUGAUAAACAUCUAGUUAAUGGAUUCAUUAGCGAUAUAAAUAAAGUCUCGAAUGAUAGAUAUAUAAAGAGAAUGAAAUUGAAUGCUGUCAAUAAUGACGCUACUGGUAGUAAAGUUUCACAUGAUAAAGGUAAAACAAGUUAUAAUAAUGCAAAGAAUAAAGAUUUUAACGAUAAAUUAGAAGGGUAA